AUGAACUCCCUCUUCACAAGCGCCUUCAGUCCACUCGCUGUCUCCCUGGGGCUGCUCCUGGUGAUGGCUUCUGCUUUUCCUACCCCGGGUCUCCUGGGAGAAGAUUUCAAAAAUGACACCACCCCAAGCAGACUACUUCUGACCACUCCAGACAAAACCGAAGCUCUCAUUAAGCACAUCGUCGACAAAAUCUCUGCAAUGAGAAAGGAGAUAUGUGAGAAGAAUGACAAGUGUGAAAACAGCAAGGAGACACUGGCAGAAAAUAACCUGAAUCUUCCAAAAAUGGAGGAAAAAGACGGAUGCUUCCAAUCUGGGUUCAAUCAGGAGACUUGCUUGAUCAGAAGCACUGUUGGUCUUCUGGAGUAUCAGACAUACCUGGACUACCUCCAGAAUGAGUAUGAGGGAGAUGAGGAAAAUGUCAAGGAUUUGCGGAGCAGCGUCAGAACACUGCUCCAGAUCAUGAGGCAAAAGGUGAAUCUAGUAACCACUCCAACCACAAACCUGGACCUGCUGGAGAAGAUGCAGUCCUCAAACGAGUGGGUAAAGAACGCAAAGAUUAUCCUCAUCCUGAGAAGCCUUGAGAAUUUCCUGCAGUUCAGCCUGAGAGCUAUUCGGAUGAAGUAG